CAGUUUACACUGUUCACAUGCAACUCAGCACAGCUGAACAACAUUUUCUGUGGCAUCAAUACAGACGCUGCCGGGCAGCUUGCGCGACGGCCGCGCUGGGGUUGCCAGCUUGCAAAUGCUUGUCCCUGCAAGGUUCCCGGAGCACCACCCACCGAAUCGAUUUCAGGGGUUAGCUCCCCGCAACACCAAAUGACAGGUGACCUCAACCACAACUUCAUGGACGUGGGCAUUGAACAUGAGAUUUAUUGUCUUCCCUUCUUACUGCAUAUAUUGUGUGUAAACGGGGGAUGAUCAGCUACUUUGUUUGGUCUUAUAAAGAUGUGAGAGCAAUACGCCAUGAUCGGCGGCAAAACCAUCAUGCCGAGGCAGCGGCGCAGGAUGCGAGACAUCCUCUGCUGCGUAGCGCUCGUCCUGGUCAUCUACUGCCUCUUCUUGGCUGGCCGAGUGCCCAAAGAGAGCCAAUCUGACGCCUCUUUCUCAACCAGCCCGGGCUCUCAGGCUGUCGCCGGGCAUCAUUCUCCGGAGUUGCUAAACAACCUCUCCCUUACAGUCUCACAAUGUGAGGCCGCAUUCCCAAACCUGACAUGGUCUAUCGAGGACGUCGUCUCACAGGGGCCUUUCACCCUCACCCCCAAGACAGCACCAGUACUGGGACGUAUCAAGUCUGGCCAGCUGCACAUCCUCAAAUCCCAGCGCAGGAAUGAGCUGUCAGCCGAGAUGCUCAACUCCCGCACCGCGUCACUGCACCAGAUCCAACGCGCCCUGUUGACGGCGCCACCCUCCGAACCCGUGCCGGACACGGUCUUCGCGCUCAACUUCCAGGACCAGCCCUUCGGCACGGCCUGGGCCUACUCCCGACAGGCGGACCCCAAGUCCCGGCCGGGCUUCGACGACGGCAACACCAACGCGCGGACGUUCCUGAUGCCGCACUUCUCGUUCUGGGCGUGGAGGCUCCCCUUCAUCGGGUCCAUGGGCAGGGCGGCCGAGGCCAUCGCGCAGAUCGAGACCAGGCUCCACCCGACCUUUGCGUCAAAGAUCCCAAAGGCCGUCUGGCGCGGCACGACGUGGUUCAACAGCGUGCACAACCCGCGGCUGCGCGCCAACCUGCUCGCGGCGGCAAAGGACAAGCCCUGGGCGGACGUCGAGGCGCUGAAGUGGGAUGGCGACGGCAAGGGCGGCGGCGACAGGACGGCCAGCAACAGCAUCCCCAUCGAGGACUUUUGCAAGUACAGGUACAUCCUGCACACGGAGGGCGUCACCUACAGCGGGCGGUUCCAGUUCCUGCAGCUGUGCGCGAGCGUCGUCAUCACGCCGCCCAUCGGCUGGAUGCAGCACGCGACGCACCUCGUCAGGCCGGUCUUCUCGAGCACCUUGCUGCCCGGGCAGGCCCAGGAGGGGAAACAGUGGGCGGCGGCCUCGCCCAUGACGAGCAGGGCCUGGGGGCAGGGCUACGGGGCCGAGGAGGCGAACAUCAUCUUCGUGAAGCCCGACUGGUCGGACCUGGACGAUGUCAUCACGUGGCUGGAGGCCCACCCGGACGUGGCGGAGGGCAUCGCGGGCCGGCAGCGCGGCUUGUUCGCGGGCGGGGGGUAUUUCAGCCCUGCUGCUGAGGCGUGCUACUGGCGUGCUCUGGUCAGGGGGUGGAGCGAGGUUGUGCGGGUGGAUGCGGGCGAGCUGGCUGAGGUCGGCCCGGGGCAGACCUUCGAGUCUUUUGUGCUGACGAACGGGGACUGAGUGACGGUUGCAUGGUGGAUUCACAAGCAUCGGGAGAGCCUCUGGCUCUGUGUUCUGUUGCGGAGAUGGCUAUCAAGCAGGAUGGCCUGAUCCUAUGGGGACACACUACCGUUUCUCUCUUUCCACUUCUAUAUUAUUGGCGUUUCCUUCCGGAUCGCUACAGUAUAUUGUUCGUGUCCUCCGUUGGAAAUUCUUUUUCCUUUUUCUUUGUUCAAGCGUGCGCAAGGGCCCUGCGUCUCUGAAGCCCGACACAUGCAUGAGGCGCUGCUGAAUGUUGCUUUUGCCAGCCAGCAGUCAUUUCUCGAGGGAGCGGCCCGGUGUGAGUCGAAUCUUACCGCACCACCCACGGCUAGGACGGCUGGCGCGCUCGGAAGGAUUCGAUGUCCGAUCCAUCACCCAACUGGUCCGUCCCGGCUCCUGCCAGGGCUCACGCUCGACUGCCAUGACUUCCCAGAAGCCUGGGCAUGCAGAAGCGAUGGUCGCAGAGCACGGCCUGCCAGGCCGGUGAGUGAUUUCAGCUUUUGCCCGUUUUGGCCAGCGCCGGGGUAAUUAAUCAGCCGACGAGUGCAGCGAACGUGGGAUUAUCUCCGGGAGCGAGGGCGAAAAGUGCCGCUCGGGAUAAGCUGAGAGAGUCAACCGCAUAAUGGGCCGCACAAUAGGCAGCAUUGCGGCCCCGACGUCAUUCCAGAGCCUCCAAAAUAAAACACUGCACAUCAUAUAUUGCGCCCUUGUUUAUCCCGGCGCCCAGAGGAGCAAUUCGUAAUUGUCGUUGAGCUUGAAUGCUUGUAUAGAUAUCAGACUCUCGGGCCGUCCCUCGUAAAUUGGGGACAUCGUAGUAGAAAGUAGCGCACAAAUAACACAGCCUAACACAUACGACUUCAAAUGCAGUAGUUGCCCAGGUCGAACUGGUCGUUGAAUCCUCUAUAAGCGUCCGCUGGCCCCGGAUCCGUCGGAAUGCAGCCUGGGGACGUCACCGUCAGCAACUAAGACACCGCCCCAAAGGAUCUGGCUCGUCGUGCUGACGUGGUCGCGCCAUUGGUCGGCACAUGUCUCGCACAGCCAACAUCUGCUUAGCCGCUCCUUUCCUGUCAGGCAGAGGCACAGGCAGACAGGGCCGUCUGCUCUGGUCGUGGUUACACGGCAUGCGCCGCCGAGAGCACCUGCUUCCUCUUCGUUUAAAUGUCGCGGGCCAGACAUCUUGACGGGGCUCUGCCGGCCGCAGGAUCCCUCUCGGCGCUUCUUUUUUUCUUUUCGUCGCAUUUUCUCACUCGCCACCUCUUGGAUUUCACUCGUCUCCUAAUUCUCGGAUUCCUAUAAAUCGUGACAUGGUCAUUGUGCCAGUCGACACCUAGACGGCUGGACACCUGGUCUAAUGUUCCGGCGGCCGUGCCCCCUCCCUCGUUCUAGGGAGCAGGCCUCAUAUGCGCUUCCAGUCUGAUUAUCAAUCUGACAAGUCAACAUGGCACAACCCUUGGAGCCCACGUCGACGGCGACUGCUCUUGCAGCACGGGAAACGAGGUUCUACUACGCAAAUGGACGGUGCGGGGACAAGAGUAUUUAUAUGUGCGAACCGGGAAUCAUCUAUGGAAUCAUCGGGGCUAUCAUCAUUGGUCUCGCUUGCAUUGGUUAUGCGUGUUACCGUUACCGACACACGUUUUUCAUGAGGCCGGUUAUGAAAGGUUUCAAAAAGAUACGCCGGCGGUGGAGGAGAAGCAGGAGAAGAGUCCCCAUUACGAAGAGCGACGUGGAAAUGAACAACGUUGAUGUUGACGAUAAAACGGUCACUUCUGAUUCCACUGCUCCCGGCGAAGGCCAGACAGCACCUAUUCCAAGUACACGACAAGUACGCUUCGCAGGCCCCUCGUGACCUGUCGACAGUGUUGACUUGACGACCGGGCCUUGCUAGCUCUACUGGCUUGUUCAAAGAGAGAAAUGCCAGUAAGGUGAAGCCACCGAGAGAUCGACAUUAUUCCGAGAUUUCCAGUAACACAUCCACGACCCGACGGCGAUAUCAGCAUGCUGCUGCAAGCAUCAUUGCACCAAUGAGGGCGGUCUUGAGGAAUGCGCAUGGAGAUGACAAGGAAGUCGCUGUGCGUCUGGUAGCUACACCACCGGGGCAACUGACGACCACUCUGACGGGAGCGGGAAACGAAGCAGUCUGGACGUUCAGUCUAGACGAGGGCUGCUGAGCGACGAGAGUUCGUUUUGAAACAGCCGAUCAGCCUGAUAUAGGCACCAUCCAAGAAUGGUUGGAAAUCCGUACCGAGGAAAAUCGGGUCGUCUGUCACGAAGCUCAAUACUCGACUGGAGGGACAACAGGAAGACUCCACGUAUCUCCUCCAUGGACGCCGGGCCACCAUGAUGUCGUCGUCGCGGUUCCACGCCAAAGCGCCGUUGUCGAGACCCACCCUCGAUCCUCACAACGCCUAAAUAGGCUUUCCACUCUAACCUAGUUGAUUAAACGUAUAUAGUAUCAUUGAUUGCAUGGAAUGUUUGUAGAAGCCUAUAAUAUACAUAUGUACCAGCCAUCGUUUUGGCCAUUUGAGAUUAUC